GUAUAAAGGUGAAAGAGAGAGGAAGAUGAAGGCAAGAGAAAGAGAGGAAACAGGGAGAAUGGUGACUGGUUGACCUCCUACUGAUGUCACAAUUCAUCGCAUCUCAAACAGUAAGUCAUUCCUUGACAACUACAGAGGAAUAAGCAACCAUACAAGGAGACGUCAUCGUUGUCCUCAUAAUCCUACAAGGAUUUAUGACCAUGGAAGACUGUCAAGCCUCAUGACCGAAUACACAGAAAAAUAUCCUUUAUACCACAAUGUCCCUCCUUCCAAGAGCCUCAGGCCCAAGCAGGAAUAUCGGAGCCAUGGAGGGAAAAUGGAAAGCCUCACCACUUUCAAAUCUGAUUACCUUCCAUAUGAUAUAACAUAUCGGCCCAUUCGGGUACAAGAGGAAUACAAACCCAUUGCUGGAGAAAUUGACAUGGCAACCACGUACAGAAGCGAUUACAAUCCUCACAAAAUAGAACCAGUAAUAUUAGUAAGACCUGCAGAAAAGAAAUACGUUGCUAAAAGCAAACUGAAUGCCAUUCCAACUUACCAAGCUGAUUUUAAAGCCUGGGAAAUACCAAGAAGGGAGCCCUAUAAAAUGGAGAACAUCUACCAUCCUCCCACUGAAAAGUUUGGAAACGCCACUACCUUUCAAGAUGCAUUUAUUCCAAGGGAAUUUGCCCUCCAGAAAGCCUUAAAACCUCCUGAUGCAAGCAUGCUUUCAGACCAACCUUUUAUCAGUGACACAAGUCACCGCAGUGAUUAUGUUCCUCAUCAGCUAGAACCCAAAUGGAAAAAGCCGAAAGAACAAUAUAGGCCAAGUAGUCAGCCCCUUGAAAAUAUUACAACCCACCGGUGUGAUUUUAGGGGGCUUGCUGGUGAUCUUCCAAAAAGCUUCAAGCCUGAGCCUGCUAAAAUAGAAACGAAGGCCCAUUUUGAUGGAAUCACAGAAUUCAGUGAUCGUUUUCAGCAGUGGACAGUUUCCUUACCUGAACUUCGUAAAGCAAAGGAGUAUGUUCCACCCACAGGUGGCAUGGAUUUUAAUUCCACAUCCCAUCUUGAUUAUACUCCUCAUGACAUCAGUCCAGUUGUCCUCAUGAAACCACUAGAAAAGAGCAAAAGAAAUAAUCCUCCCUUCCAAGGAAACACAACGAUGAGGGAUGCCUUUCAAGCUUGGGAUAUCCAUCGACCGGAAAUGAUUAAAAAAAACCAGGAAAUGCCAAAGUCCUCUGCUAAAUUUGAUGAUAUCACCACCUUCCGAGCUCACUAUACACCACACAGUCUAAUCCCAACGCAGAGCUGCAGACCUCCAAAUGUAGCUUUGUCUUGUUCAGCACGUUUCGAGGAUGAAACCAUGUACCGCAUGGACUAUGCUCCAAAGAAGAAAGAGAUCUGUCCAGCAACUUACCCAUCUCCUCCAGGAUAUGUCUUUGUCAGCACUGAUUCUCAUGGUCACAAAUUCUUCCGCAAGGUCACACCAGAUGUCAGUAAGGUUGUCCAUCCAAAUGGUAAUCAUGUUCCAAAAGAAAUAUCAGUUGUAUCGUAAGUUCUACUUAUUUACUCUGCACAGUGCUGAACAAUAUCAUGCCCUGGGCAGACUAUUACAGUUGCUCUAAACAUUAAAAUAAGCACAGUGAUUGUAAGAUUUUUGGGGAUAUGAAAAUUGAAAUCUUUAUAAUAAUGGUGAUGGAAACUUUCAUUAGUAAAAGAUAAAGCAGUAUUUCUGUGGGAUCUUUUUUCUUCAGUUGUUUGUUAAAAUAACUUAAUCCUUAACCAAACUGUCUGUUUAGCAAUAACCUGACAAUUUAAUAUACAGCAAACAUUUCUACUGUACACUGUAUGGUAUGAUUUGAAUGUAAUUCUGCUUUGUCUGUGGUUACCAAUUUUUUUCCAAUCUAUUUUCUCAAGCUAGAUCCAGAAAGGGAUCAUUACUUACACAUACAGUUUUCCAGGUUAAUUUCUGGCAUCUCAUCUUCAAGAAUGUUUGGUCACAGAAGUGGGCUAGA